AUGUCGGCUAUCCUGAAUACCAACCCAAACACCCCACGUAGAUCUCCAGACAUUGACCGAAGCACUCCCACCGCGACCACCAGCAGCACUGCGACCCUGACCACGUUCAGUCUGUCCUCCUUCAGCCUCAACACCACUACAUUGACGAAAAAAUACCAGUCCGUCGUCCAGGGCGAAGAAGAGUAUCACCUGAAGCACCUGACACUGGCUUUGAAGCUCGGUGCUCCGCUGGUCGAGUGCUGUGGAGAUGAUUUCACAAUUCACCAGUGCGAGGCUGCGCAAGAAGGAAUCGAGUUCGACAAGAUGCAGGACAUAGACGACAUCCACCGCGAUGUGACGGAAGGGCGAAUGGGACACGACCUUGGCCUCCAUCGUUUGAGGGCCGUGGAGGCGAGGAAGGAGCUCUACUCGACGCCGACUCGAAUCAUAGCAUACGGGAUCGCCUGCGUUGCGAUCGGCUUAUACGCCUUCGACGCUCAACCCAAAGACCUCUUCCCUAUCUUUGUCCUCGGCUGCCUCCUGGCAUGGAUGCAGCUGUUCCUCACUCCCAGGUCGAGGGGUUUCUCCGACCUGUUCCCUUUCCUGGCGGCAGCUCUGCUGACCGUCGUCUCUCUUGGGUUGGGCUCCAUUCAUCAUCAUGGAGUUCCGCUCUUUUGCUGGACUGCUAUCGCCGAAGGGACAGUCGCCAUCAUCUUGCCGGCGUACACCAUGCUUGUCGCAACCUCAGAGGUUCUGUCCAACCGAUCCGUUUGCGGAACCGCUCGGCUUGCUAAGACAAUCUUCUAUACCAUGAUGUUGAGCUUGGGGAUGGGUUGUGCCAUCUUCACUCUCAGCAACGCAAUCGUCCUCCAAGCUCGUUGGAAGCAGAUUCCCGGCAUGGUGCUGGUGGCUGUCGCUUUCGUCCUGAUUUCGUUCUGGCUCAAUCUCAAGGUUGGGCUGAGCAGCCCGGCACUGUUGAUGGUCGCCUCUUUCUUUGCAGGCCUCCUCGCACAGAAUUACGGGUCUUGGACGAAUAACCGGGUCAUCAUCGUGCUGACGCCCACACUGUUCUUCUCCAUUCCGGGGGGCCUGUUGGCCAGGGAGAGCGGUGGGGUGCAUCUGUCGGUCGGCAAAGGUCUCUUGAUUGACCUGGCGACAGUCCUGGCCGUUCUUGAAUCCUCGGUGGGGGUGUGGGUUGGGUUGAAGUUGGCAGCGCUUGUGCACAGCCCUCGGGAAAAGCAAAGGCACUGCAUAUGUGGGAAAGUCGUCUGA